AUGGCCGGCGAUAAUCUAGACGUCCAGGUCACCAAGCAACAGACCAGAACUCCUGAAGAUGAAAGGACAAUUGCUCAUACGCUGCUCAUAGAGCUACUCUCAUAUCAGCUCUCACUCCCAGUUCGAUGGAUCGAAACUCAGAAACUGCUGUUCAACACUCCAGAGUCAGUUAGAAAAUAUGUUGAGAUUGGCGCUAAAACGACUUUGGCCACAAUGGGCAAACGCAUGGCGGAUCGACAAUCGACUGCAGAAAAGUUGUCGAAGCCUAUGGAUUUCUAUUCUUAUAGCGAUCAGAAAGGAGACUUGUUUUACGAGUACAGCCUAGAUGCAGAGAUACAACCUCAGUUAUCAAAACAACCAGAUCCCAAACAAUCUACAUCACCACCUGUUGCUGCUGCCCCUGCCACAAACACCGCAGCUCCCACAGCUCCUGCUCCUGUGAAGCCGAGCCUUGCGCAACCGACCAGUUCCUCGUCUCCCAAAAAACCUUCCGGAGCAAUCCCAAAUCUUUCGCCUACACAUAUAGUCAUAGCGUUGACAGCUCAAAAAGUCAAGAAGUCAUUCGAUGUUUUGCCGAUACAGAAGUCUAUACAAGAGUUGUCUGGCGGCAAAUCAACCCUUCAAAAUGAGUUGAUGGGUGAUCUAGGCGUAGAAUUCAGUUCUGUUCCAAACGGGGGUGAAUACAUGCCGUUGGAAACUCUGGGAGAGACACUUCAGCAAGGCUUCAGUGGAAAGCCUGGAAAACAAAUGUCAACACUCAUAUCAAAAUUUAUAUCAAGAAAGAUGCCAGGUGGUUUUAAUCAAGCUAUGAUGCAGAGCCAUCUAGAGACUUUCUGGGGUUUUGGCAAGGAAAAUUCGGUUAUUCCUGUCUGUUUUGCGAUUACUAUGGAGCCCCCAUCCCGCCUUGAAAAUGCGGAUAACGCCAAACAGUUUCUUGAUGAUGUGGUUAGUAGAUUUGCAUCUUUCGCUGGAAUUUCUCUCUCAUAUCAAUCAUCCGGUGAUGGCAGUGCAUCCGGCGGUCAAUCAGCCGUCAUGGUCGAUUCUACUGCUCUAGAUAAUCUACGACAAGAGCAGCGAGAUUAUCAAAUGAAAGAAUACAAGCUUCUUGCUAAGCACCUGAAAUUGAACAGUCAAGGAAGUGAGGAACUGGAGGGCUUCAUAUCUUCAACAAGAAAUAUGGAAGGCAAACUGAACCGCUGGACCACCGAGUUCGGCGAUAAUUUCUUUGAUGGCAUCGGUCCCCUUUUCAAUCCGAAGAAGGCCAGACAAUAUGACUCCUCAUGGAACUGGAUCCGAGAAGAGACUGUUCGCCUACUCAAUCAGCUUGCUCUUGGCCAAAUAGACCAUACUGAUCAGUCUCUUCGGCUGAUUGCCCGGAAAUGGGACAUCAGUUGCGUGGAAAUAGCAAAGGAUUUUCUUCAAACUAUUGAGAAACUGAAGCCGGAAAUCCCAUUCAAAAUGAAAAGUUUGCUGCGACUUGAAUCACCAAUUUUGGGCAUGCAACCGGUUUACCGAUAUUCUGGAAGAACCAUGAUGCCUCUGACAUGUGUUUCUCCGACUACUGGUAAUCUAGAUUAUAAGGAAAUACCACGAGAAAUCACCGGAUACGUUCCUUUCUUAAAGCGUGGCCGGACCACUGUACAUGGAGAGGCCGUUCCCUAUGUACAUCUCAGAAGACGCCAACCAGCGAAUGGAGAAUUCAGACACGAUGCAGCAUUGACUAAGACUUUCAUGGAAAUGUUUGAGCUGGGGGCUAGCUCGGGAUUCACAUAUGCCACCAAAACGUUCCUCGUGACUGGUGCAGGACCAAAGUCUAUCGGAGCUGGUGUAGUGGAAGGGCUGCUCAACGGCGGUGCCAAAGUUAUUGUUACAACAAGCCGUGAUAUCGCCAAAUCGGCAGACUUUUUCGCCAACAUGUACCGAAAGCAUGGAGCCCAGGGUUCAUCUCUUACAGUGAUUCCAUUCAACCAAGGUAGUAGAAAAGACUGUGAAGAUCUGGUUGAAUAUAUAUAUGGAGUUGACUCACCUGUUGGAGGUGAUAUUGACUACAUCGUCCCCUUUGGGGCCAUUCCGGAGAAAGACGAUAUCAGCAAUCUGGAGAGUAUGACUGAGCUUGCACAUCGUGCAAUGCUUACCAAUAUCAUGCGCAUUAUUGGCUUGGUCUAUAGUAAUAAGAGAGACCGCCGCAUUGAUUCACGACCAACGAAUGUGGUUAUUCCCUUGUCUUUUAACCAGGGUGGGUUUGGUGGCGACGGUCUUUAUCCAGAAUCCAAGCUUGGUCUGGAGACUCUAUUCAACCGAUUCUACUCUGGAAACUGGCAGCAGUACCUCACAAUCACUGGUGCAGUAAUCGGUUGGGUUCGGGAAACCAGUCUAUCGCAAGCUCUUAGUCUAGUCGGUUACGCAAUCGAACAGAUACCGGACAUGAAUGUCUGCACAUUUUCAAGAGCUGAGAUGGCCUUCAAUAUCUUGACUCUAAUGACUCCAGCAGUCACGGAACUGGCAGAAGACCAUCCAGUAUAUGCUGAUUUAACUGGUGGUGCCAAGGAGAUUACAAAUAUCAAGGACAUCAUGUCAGAGUCAAGGGCCAAGCUCACCAGUCAGAGCAAUAUUCGACGGGCAAUCCUCGCUGAGAAAUCCAGAGAGCUGAACAUUUUGGCUGGUGGUGCCUCUUCUGUCCAAUCAUCCUUCAGUUCCAUGCGCAAAACUCGACGUGCGAACCUAAGUCUUCAAUUUCCUCAGUUAUCUGGUCACACAGACUUGACAGCAGAUAUCGCCAGGCUAGAAGGCAUGGUCGAUCUGUCACGCACGGCUGUAGUUGUCGGGUAUUCAGAACUCGGUCCAUGGGGUAAUGCGCGCACACGAUGGGACGUCGAACAUCUAGGUGACUUUACUCUGGAGACCUACGUGGAAAUGUCAUGGAUCUUGGGUUUAGUAACCCAUCACGAAGGCGAAAUCAACGGACAGGUGUAUGUAGGCUGGGUUGAUGCAAAGACGAAAGAGCCGGUUCGUGAAGACAAUUUCAAACAGUUGUACGGAGAACAUAUUAAGAAGCAUUCUGGAAUCCGAUUCAUUGAGCCUGAAUUAUUGGGUGGCUACGACCCGGCUAAAAAGGAGUUCUUGCAAGAGAUAGUGGUUGAGGAAGAUCUUCCAUCAUUUGCAACCUCCAAAGCCAGUGCAGACGCUUUCAAGCUUCGCUUGGGAAACAAAGUCUCAAUCGAGCCUAUUCCCGAGUCUGAGGAGUGGUUAGUAACGGUGCGACGGGGAGCACACUUCAUGCUGCCAAAGUCAGUGCCUUUUGACAGAGCAGUCGCAGGUCUUCUACCAAGUGGAUGGGAUCCUAUUCGAUACGGCAUUCCUGAGGAUAUUGUACAACAGGUUGACCCAGUUACAUUGUACACUCUUUGCUGUGUUUCUGAGGCCCUUCUUUCUGCUGGUAUCAAAGAUCCUUACGAGUUCUACAACCACAUACAUGUAUCCGAGUUAGCCAAUUGUAUCGGUACUGGUGCCGGUGCUAUGAGGGCUGGUCGUGGAUUGUACAGAGAUCGAUUUCUCGACCGACCUGUUCAGAGUGAUAUUCUGUCAGAAUCAUUCUUGAAUACCACAGCUGCUUGGGUCAACAUGCUGCUCUUUUCUGCAUCGGGGCCCAUCAAAACACCAGUUGGAGCCUGCGCCACUGCCAUCGAAUCAUUGGAAAUGGGCUGCGAGGCAAUCAAGACUGGCAAAUCCAAAGUUGCAAUUGUGGGUGGAUAUGAUGACUUCCAAGAAGAAGCUUCCUAUGAAUUUGCCAUGAUGAAAGCAACCGUUAGCAGUGAGGAAGAGCUGGCCAAGGGUCGUCGACCGGAAGAGAUGUCCCGACCAAGCACUACUACUCGUAGCGGCUUUGUCGAGUCUGCUGGCUGCGGUGUUCAAAUUGUCAUGAAUGCAGAACUUGCCAUUAAGAUGGCACUGCCUAUCUACGCUGUUGUUGCGUACUCACAAAUCGCCGCCGAUCAGAAUGGACGUUCUAUUCCUGCCCCUGGGCAAGGAAUUCUCACAGCUGCCCGCGAAAGACCCGACCGUCAUGAAUCUAAGCUGCUUGACCUUUCCUACCGGCGAAAACUCUUUGACGAAGAUAUCGCAGCCAUUGACAAGUGGUGGCAAGAAAAGAGUCAAACUCCUGGAAUGUCAGAGUCUGACUUGAACGAAAUUCAAGCUGCAGCACGCAGCAAGAUCAAGCAGGCCCAAUACAUGUGGGGAAACGAAAUCAGAUCACAAGAUCCUCUCAUCUCACCGAUGCGAGCAGCCUUAGCGACAUGGGGCUUGACUGUGGACGACAUCCAGGCAGCAUCAAUGCAUGGGACCUCAACCAAAGCUAAUGACACCAAUGAAGCACAAGUCAUCAACCAGCAAAUGAAGCACUUGGGUCGCCGUCCGGGAAAUCCUUUACUUGCAGUUUGCCAGAAAUCACUCACAGGACAUCCGAAGGGAGCAGCUGGCGCAUGGCAGAUGAAUGGUUGCAUACAGAUGCUACAAAACAGCAUUGUACCUGGCAACCGGAACGCAGACAACAUUGAGAUCAAACUCAAACAAAAUAAAUACAUUGUUUACCCGAAGGAGGCUAUUCAAGUACGAGAAGUGAAGGCUACAAUGCUUACUUCUUUUGGAUUCGGUCAAAAAGGUGGUCUCGUUGUCGCUGUUGCUCCCAAGUUUCUCUAUUCUGCUGUCGCGGCCGAUAUUUACGAAGCGUAUCGUCUAAGAGUCAAAGAGAGACAGCGUGUGGCUAACAGUGCUUUUGUUUCUGGUGUAAUUGGGAAUUCUUUGGUUAAGUUGAAGGAUCAUGCACCGUGGGGCAAGUCAGAUGAAAAGAUGCGUGAAGUGUUCCUUGAUCCAACAUCAACUCAAUUCUAG